AUGAAGUUCACAACCCAGCAGCCAAUAAAGCAACCCCUGGAGCAAAGGGACAAAAGCAAGCAUUGCGCUUAUCAUCGAGAUUAUGGGCAUUCAACCAAUGAUUGCAGAUCCCUUAGGUCUGAAGAUGAUCAAGAGUCCGAGGGGGUAUACAGAUCUAGAUUGAGGGCAGCCCACAAGCUCAGGAAGAUAUCCUCUAUCAAUGCUAUCGCUUCGGGUAGCAUCAGUAUUGGAUUCGGAGAUGGCAACCUAUCCAGAGUUCAACUCCCCCACGAGGAUCCAUUGGUCAUCAGUCUUUUAGUGGCCAACUGUAUGAUUAAGAGGGUUUUGUUAGAUCCAGGAAGUAGCGCCAACAUCAUCACAAAGACGAGCCCUCUGUCCAAGUAUCUUAAGGUAGAGGAGGAAGAAGAAAUUGCGAAGCCCAUCGAGGAGACCCUUGAAGCUGUGGAAGUUAUCCUCGGCGACCCUCAGAAGGUCACUUAUUUAGGCUCUUCCUCCACGUCUGAAGAAAAAGAGGCGUUAAUUGAUGUUGUUCGGAGCAAUGCAGAUGCUUUUGCAUGGGAUCACUCGGACAUGGUAGGAAUCGACCCUUUAGUUUCCUGCCAUAGCUCGAAGGUGGAUCCGGAGUUCAAACCGGUUAAGCAGAAACACCGAAGGUUUGCCCCCGAGCGCAAUCGCAUUAUAGCUAAGGAAAAGAAAGGAAAGUGGAGGGUUUGUGUAGGCUAUACCAACCUUAACAAGGCCUGCCCUAAAGAUAGCUUCCCUCUGCCCAAGAUAGAUCAGAUAGUUGAUGCUACCACCGGCUACGAGAGGCUAACAUUCCUUGAUGCAUACUUGGGAUACAAUCAAAUUCCUAUGAACCCUGAAGAUGAAGAAAAAAAUGGCUUUCAUUACAGAAAAGGGGACUUAUUGUUACAGGGUAUGCCCUUCGGACUGAAGAACGCUGGGGCUACUUAUCAACGUCUUAUCAAUAAGAUCUUUGACAAUUUGUUGGGAAAGACAGUUGAAGCAUAUAUAGAUGACAUGGUGGUCAAAAGUGUGAAGAAGGAAGACCAUCCGAGGCACUUCCAGGAAGUUUUUGAUACCUUGAAGAAGUACAACAUGAAGCUGAACCCAUCCAAGUGCUCCUUUGCGGUAUCAUCAGGUCAAUUCCUCGAUCACAUAGUGAAUAAAAAAAGGGAUAGAGCGACAAGUGCAGCAUUGAUUAGAAAGGAAGGGAAGAGGCAAUAUCCAGUUUUCUAUACAAGUAAGACAAUGACGGAUGUGGAGACACGCAUUGUGGUACUCACUAACUAUCCUAUACGGGGUAUACUCUCUAAGCCCGAUCUAUCUGAGAGAAUUACCAAAUGGGCUAUCGAGCUCAGUUCCUUCGACAUAACUUAUGAGUCGAAGGUGUCGCACAAGGGACAAGCCGUAGCAGACUUUCUUCUAGAAUAUGAAGACACUCCCGUAGAGCCGGAACCCCCUGACCCACAGUGGGAGCUUCGGGUCGAUGGUUCCUUGAAUCAAACAAGUGCAGGGGUAGGGGUUGUUAUGUCAACACCCGAAGGAACCAAGUUGCAGCAGUCUAUUUGCUUGAUAUUCCCUGCUACAAACAAUGAGGCCGAAUAUGAGGCGUUACUUGCUGGUCUUCGAUUGGCUAACAACCUCCAGGUACAUUGUUUAAAGGUUUUUAGUGACUCACUGCUUGUUAUAAAUCAAGUGACAGGUCAGUACCAUCCCAAAGAGGAAAGAAUAAAGGCAUAUAAAGAAGCUGUAGAGAAUGUUAUAGGGGAAUUCGAUCAAAUCGAAUUCUGUCAGGUACCUCGUGUUGGGAAUGCCGAAACAGAUCAAUUAGCCACAGCAGCGUCAUCCUCAAAUGAAGAUCUGACUUGGAUUGUGCCGAUUGACGUUUGGGACGAACCCAGCAUUAACCCUCAGCAAGAAGUAAUGGUGAUUCCAGUUAUUCCUCGAGAGCCAUGCUGGAUUGAUCCAUUAGAAGUCUACCUCAAGCAUGGAAUUCUUCCAAACCAGAAGCUUGAAGCACGGAACCCUACUGAGGCUCUUGUGGUGUUGAAACAAAUCUAUGAUGGAGAUUGCGGCAACCAUUCUGGGGGUAGAUCCCUUGCACAUAAAGUUCUAACUCAAGGCUACUUCUGGCCGUACUUGGCCCGGAAUGCAGAAGAGUAUACUCGGAGAUGUGACACAUGUCAACGCCACGGUCCAAUGAAGCAUCAACCUGUCGAAGAUUUGCAUGCAAUGGCAAAUCCAUGGCCAUUCGCACAAUGGGGGAUUGAUAUGGUGGGCCAUUUACCCAAGAGCGUGGAGCAAAAGAAGUACAUGCUACUGGCUACAGAUUACUUUACAAAAUGGGUAGAAGCCGAGGCUUACUCAAGUGUGACCCAUGAGCAGGUAAAAAGUUUCCUUUGGAACAACAUCAUUUGCCAGUUUGGGGUCCCAAAAGUCAUUAUGAUGGACAAUGGUAAGAACCUCGACAAUAAAAGUACAAGAAAAUUCUUCGCUCAGCAUGGAAUUAUACAAAAACUAGCUGCAGUGCUUUGGGCGUACCGAACCACUCCACGGCGGCCCACGGGGGAAAGUCCCUUUGCCAUGGCUUAUGGAUCCGAAGCUGUGAUCCCAACCGAAGCGGCAGUUCCAACCCUUCGGACAUUCUUGUUGCUUGAAGGAAACAAUAGUCAGCAGCUCAAUAUAGUCUCGAUUUCCUGGAUGAAAAAAGGGAUGCCGCAGCAAUUAGGAUUACUUCAUAUCAUCAACAGCUGUGCAACAAUUAUAACAAACGCGUCAGGUUCAGGAGCUUUGUGGUAG